CAUGCAUGCGGAGUCUCCUGCACUAGAUGGGGUUGGAUGCAAAUACCCCAGGAUUGUGAAUGACUUGUCUGAGUUGGAAGGUUUCCGACGCUUAAAAUUGGAUUUAUGUGGAAAUUGCAUCAAGGGUCAUGUAGGAGGAGUUCUUUUGAAACCAAACAAGUUACGAAUUUUCCCUUAUAAAAAGGAAAUUGAGACCCGACAACUCACUGGAUCUCACCAUAAGAGGUUUGCAAUGCACAGCAGGUCCUGGCAGAGACAGAUGUGUUGUCACGCGUAGGAGUCCAGAACCUUUCUCCAUCUUCUAUAAGCAGCCCCACUCCUCUCCCUCCCACCACACCUCCUCAGAGCAUCUUUAAUAAGACACAUGCUCCGGGGCUCAGGCUCUCAUUCACACCAAACGCUCCUUGGCCAUCCCCCAACAGGCUGCCUGCCCCACUUCUAGCCCCGCCGAGUCUUCAUGGGUUGAACUGACAGGAGUGCCACACUCUCCUCUCCUCCUUUUCCACCUCUCCUCUCCUCUCAUACUCCACGCAUCACUCCUCCAUUACAUCGUCAACACACACACACAAGCAGACCACCGUUAUGGCUUGUGCCCCGGGAAUGUUUGGAUUUGCAGCCGCAGGAGCAUAAUCCUCUACUGAAGGGAGUUGCGGACGCAGCAGCCCAUAGAGAGAGACCGUGAGAGACAGAGAGCGGGUGAGAGAGAGAGAGAGACCCAGCGGACAGAAGCAGCGGAAGGAGGGAAGCAGCAGGGAGGAGCAGCAACAGCAGCAGCGGCGGCAGAGUGAUCCACCUGUCACAGAGUGAAAGGGGCCCCCCGCCUGAUCUGUCUGCCUGCAGGGGGGAACCCGCGUGGCCGGUCAGCACCAGGGACUAUGCAGCUGGGACUGGUGGCUCUGGCGAUGGUCUUUCUCGGAUCCAUGGGUCACAGCGACAGCGGCCUCAAGCUCUCAAAGGGACGGAGGCAGAGACGGAUUAGCACUGAGGGGCCACCAUCUUGCUCAAAUGGCUGUGAGCGAUGUUCCGAAUACAAUGGCUGUAUAAAAUGUAAGCCCAAACUCUUCAUUCUCCUGGAGCGCAACGACAUCCGCCAGAUAGGCGUGUGCCUCGCCUCGUGCCCACAGGGAUACUUCGGCAUGCGGACUCCCGAUACCAACAGAUGCAUUCAAUGUAAAAUAGAGAAUUGUGAGGAGUGUUUCAAUCGAAAUUUUUGCACAAAAUGUAAGGAGGGCUUAUAUUCACACAGAGGGCGAUGCUACCCCAGCUGCCCUGAAGGCCUCAGCACCACCAACGGGACCAUGGAGUGUGUAGAAUGUGAACUGGGCGAAUGGAGCCCAUGGGGUUCCUGUAUGAAGAAGAACAAGACGUGUGGCUUUAAGAAAGGCACACAGACCAGAAUGCAAGAGCUCCUUCAUGCCUCCAGCACUGACACAGUCUCUGCGUCAUCCCCCCAGCCAUGUGCUCCACAGACUGAGAGACAGAAGUGCACAGUGCAGAAGACACCAUGUGGAAAAGGAGGUGGGAAUAAGAAUAAGGGCGAGCGACGAGACCAGCAGAGGAGGCGAGACAAAGAAAACGUCCGAGGCCAUGGCAAAGAGGGUGGCGAAGAGGGUGGCAAGAAGGGUGGCAAAGAGGGAGGAAAAGAAGGAAGCAGAGAGGGGGGAAAAGGAGGAAGAGAGGGUGGCAAGGGAGGCGGCAGGAGGAAAAAGGGCCAAAACCAGGCCACCUCCACGCCCAGCCUUCCCCCUAGCACUGUAGCCUAGGCCUUACUCACGUUGGGACUUAGCGGGGACAAGGAGGGACAAAAACAAGGCGACUAGGCAACACCCACCUGCAUUGGCCAUUAUUAAGAGACAGACAGUGGACAGAGGAGACAAUAUCAAACUGAUGAAGAAAAGGAUUAAUGCUGCUAUGCAUUCUAGAAGAUGCUCUAAGAGAACUGGAGGAUUGCUGCAAUAAAUGAGGAUCAGGACUUGGACUUAUCAGACUUGGAGGGAAGAGGGUGAAUGUGCAAUGUGGAGGGUUCCACUGUAAGCCUUGCAGUAGGGUCAACAUGUUUCAUUUCACCGCUCCCAGGUUUAUCAUGGAGUUGGCAGAUGGAGAUCCCAGUGGCUGAACAGUGGAAGACACUGAAUAUGAAUAUGAGAAUUUCAAGAUGGAGUCUUCACAAUGAUCAAGGAUCUCUAGAAUCCAUUAGAAUCCCUGAUUUGCUUUUCAAAAUCAAUUGUUCAUUGUUGACGACUCAUGUUUUGUGAAUGGUAGCAAGUAGAUAUUUCUAAGGAGAUGUUGUUGUAAGUGAUAUAGAGAAAAUGAACAGUAUUAAGAUUCUUUAUUUUAAUUAUAUUUUAUGAUUAAAUAAAAGAAAGGCACUGGAACAAAUGUGUGGUUUUGAAGGAAAACAUAUUUUAAUGAUAUUUUUGGUUUGUAGAGAAUCUACUCCAAAACAAACCAGCAACAAUAUAGAGAAGAUUUAUACAGCUUUAGUUCAAAUCCUGAUCUGGUGUUAGACAAAGGUUACCCACAUAAUAGCUUAGUUCUUAAUUUCAAAUAGAAUAAUGUUUUGCUAUCUUCAGCAUAAAAGGUUUAGGAUUGAAAACUGUGUGUUGUAUAUGUGUGUUGUGAGUAUGUGUGCGUGUGUCUGUGUGUGCAUUCGUGCCAGUCUGUAAUGUUACAGAAUUUCAGCAAAAUGUUUUUGUGAAGUAGUGGUAACACAAGUGUAUGUAUAUUUGUGUGGCUAUAUUGUAUGUGUUUCUGUACAUAAGCUUAAUGUGUGUGUGUACGUAUCAAUCUGGUAGAAUGGGAAAUGUUAUAUAAACUCAGCAAAAAAAGAAACGUCCCUUUUUCAGGACCCUGUCUUUCAAAGAUAAUUAGUAAAAAUACAAAUAACUUCACAGACCUUCAUUGUAAAGGGUUUAAACACUUUUCCCAUGCUUGUUCAAUGAACCAUACACAAUUAAUGAACAUGCACCUGUGGAACGGUUGUUAAAGACACUAGGCAAUUAAGGUCUUAGUUAUGAAAACUUAGGACACUAAAGAGGCCUUUCUACUGACUCUGACAAACAUCAAAAGAAUGAUGCCCAGGGUCCCAGUUCAUCUGCGUGAAUGUGCCUUAGGCAUGCUGCAAGGAGGCAUGAGGACUGCAAAUGUGGCCAGGGCAAUAAAUUGCAAUGUCCGUACUCUGAGACGCCUAAGCCAGCGCUACAUGGAGACGGGACGGACAGCUGAUUGUCUUGGCAGUAGCAGACCAUGUGUAACAACACCUGCACAUGAUUGGUACAUCCGAACAUCACACCUGCGGGACAGGUACAGGAUGACAACAACUGCCCGAGUU